UUUAUUAAAUUGUGACAAGUUGUCAGCCCUGCUGGCAAAUUCAGAAAAAUUUGUGCAUGUAGAAAAUAAUCAAAGUUAUUUAACGCUCUAUUUAGAUUGUGAUUUGAACGCGCGAGCUGAGUAAAAUAUAAUCAUGGCACGCCGCACAAAUUUCAUCGAUGGCAACGACAGUUUUCGCGAUCAGAAUCUACGUUUUGUUCGGAAUGAGUUUGAGGAUAAUGUUAACCAGUUCUUCGGGGGCGCCAAUCCAUCUGGCAAUAUACAGCAGCAGCAGCAGGCGCCACCGCGGGAUGCCCUGAUUGUGCAACCCACACCAGGAUUCUGUAUGAAGAGCUUCAAGGUGAACACCAAUGAGAAGUUCUUUAUCAAUGUGUGCCAGGCCCCGGAGGUGCCAGCACCCGAAGACGUCACCGAGGAGGAGCUAAUUGCCAUACUGGAAUCACCGACACCGGGCUCGUUUCGUGUGCCCAUGAGCAUCUCGGAUCCGCGACAAACCAAGGAUCGUUCGAACAAGACCGUCGAUGUCUGCGACAUUGCCAUCAAUCCGCAGUUUCUGGUCAAGUUGCAGAAAUCGCAGCUGUUCAAGAACUUCUUUCAGCAACUGGCCGCCGAGGCACUCAGCGAGAAGUACAACGUUCAGAUAUCCAUGGAGAAGACCAUUAUCCUGAACAAUCGUAAAUUCAUGGGCACCCUGGUCUCACAUCGAGUGCGCAACGCUGAUGUGAAACAUGUCCAAUCCGUGACCGGUAGCCCGGCUGCUGCCAUUGAAGCCGGCGAGGAUCAGCAGAAGGCGCCUUCGAAAUUGGUCCAGGAGAUCGAUGCCAAACAUGCGGCUGCAAUCAGGAAUAGCCGCCAGACAGAGGAGCUGCAGUACAAGCUACGUGCCCAGAUCCGCGAUGAAGCUGUUCAUGAAAUCCACGCCGAGAUCUAUCUGCCCAAUUGUGUCUCCUCGCAUGAGGUCAACCUGGAUGUGGGUGAGGACCGCAUCUUGGUUGAAUCCAAGAAACACGGCUAUCUCUUUGACAAAUUUGUGAACUAUCGCCUGCAACAGGAUCGCGCCCGUGCCCUGUUCGACAAGACAAGCAAGAUGCUUCAAGUCCGCAUUCCUGUUUACAGUCAAUAGCCAUAGAAAACCAUAGAAAAGGCAUUUUCGCCUUAUAUAUUUAUAAUGUUUAAAAAUAAACUGUUUCAUUUUGAAAAUGUAACCAAACUGUGAA